GGCGGCUAGACGCUGAGCCGCAGUAGCUGGCGGGCCGCGCUGGCUCAUGGGAGCUGUAGUGCUGCCGGGCGCCAUCACAGCAGUCGGCCGUUGAGCCGAGCAGGAGAGGAAGGCCAGGCCCAGCCAUGUCUCUGGUGGCCUAUGCCAGCAGCGAGGAGAGCGGCUCGGACACGGAGCUGGCCGGGGAGCCCCCACACUCCAGCCCCCAGGCCGAGGCCUACCCUGGGCCCUAUGGAGAGCAGGAGCAGCACAGCCCGAGCCUCUAUGGGCCCCCAGGGGCCUUCGGCUUCCCGCCAGGAUACGGCCCCCCGCCUGGCUAUGGACCCUCCGCCUACCCGGGCAGCCAGGGCCCAGCCAUGUAUGGCAGCUAUGGCCAUAGUAACAGCCAGGGGCCAGGCUCCUCCAGCUACCCCAACAUGGGGCCCUACAGCCUCCCCCCACCACCUGUGGGCCAUGGCAUGAACCUCCCCCCACCACCACAGGGGGGUCCAGGCAUGAACCUCCCCCCACCACCACAGGGGGGUCCAGGCAUGAACCUCCCCCCACCACCACAGGGGGGUCCAGGCAUGAACCUCCCCCCACCACCACAGGGGGGUCCAGGCAUGAACCUCCCACCACCUCAUGGAGGUCCAGGCAUGACCCUCCCACCACCACAAGGAGGUCCAGGCAUGACCCUCCCACCACCACAAGGAGGUCCAGGGAUGAACCUCCUACCACCACAAGGGGGUCCAGGGAUGAGCCAUCCCCCUAUGCAAGGGAUGAACCUUCCCCCACCACAGAGGGGUCCAGGAAUGAGCUUGCCCCCUCCACAAGAGAGUCCAGGAAUGAAUCACCCCCAUCCUCAAGGAGGGACAAGAAUGAAUCUUCCUCCUCCGCAAGUGGGCUCGGGACUGAACCUUCCUGCUCUGCAUGGUGGCCCAAGAAUGAACCUCCCCCCUCCACAGGGGGCUCCAGGAAUAAACCUCCCCCCUACACAAGGAGGUCCAGGACUGAAUCUGCCACCCCCACAAGGGACAUCAGGAACAAACCUCCCUCCACCUCAAGGUAGUCGUGGAAUGAGUCACCCUCCCCCACAAGUUGGCCCUGUGAUGAGUCACCAUCCUUUACAAAUUGGGCAAGGGAUGAAUCUUCCACCACCUCAAAGUAGUUUAAACAUGCCUCCACCACAUAGCAGCCAUGGACUCAGCUUACCUCCUCCUCAAAACAACCAUGGUAUGAACAUGCCACCUCCACCAGGAAGCCCUAAUCUUUCUCUUCCUCCACCAGUUGGUGGCCAUGGGAUGAACAUACCACCACCGCAAGUCGGUCCUGGACUUAAUAUACCACCUUCACAGUUAAGUCCCACAUCCAACAUUGUUGGGGAUUCUCGUCUGUCUCUACCCCCUCCUAAAGCGUCUUCUCAUGGAUUAAAUCUCCCCCCACCAGCCACUGAAAACCUAAAACCAAAGAAGAGGAACGAACCAGUGAAAAUCAGUGUCCCCGAGCUGACUUCUGUUGGUGUGAGUAUCCCGGCUCGUGUCUUAUGACCACUUUAUGCUGGAAGACUAAGAGCUAUAUACUGUGCUUAUUUCUCCACCCCGAGUAUUAUUACAGCACUAGUUCAAUGCAAUGUCCUCUGCAUCAUGUUGGAAAAUAGCCCACACUGAGGUUUUGGUGACAUAACUAGUGACAAAAAAGUAGAUCUGGCUUAAAUAAUUGAAUUGGAAAAGGAAUACAAUGGUUACUUCGUACAGCUAAAGUAAUAAGCUAGUUUUUUCUAAGAGCUAUCUCCUAUAUCAGUAUGUUCUCUCCUGGUGGAGUCAGGAAAGGGAUUAAAAAAACAGCCACGUUGUGAAUUGAAAGUAGUUUUAUUAUAUAUUGCAAAUUAACAGUACAGUACAAUGAGUAAAGCAGACACGUGGGUGGAUGGUUAACCACACAGAUUAGUAGGAUUAGGGGAUACCAUGGUUACAAAUGUUCAAUAGCAGAAUUUAUAUAAUCUAAGUAAUUAUUUAUUAUUAUUUUUAACCCCAUUUUCUUCAGAUCUGCGUUAAUCCAGAUAAUGGCAGAAUUAGGUGUGCUAAGGACAAUAACAGUGAGCAGGAAAAACAGCAGAAACCCCAGGAUUUCUUACUUCUGUUACAUUCACUUAACUGUCCAUGGAUGGUGUAGAUUUGGUCACGUGGCUGCUUUUCCCAUGAUGAAUUGUAAUACACAAUAAAGCUGCUUCAUUUAAAGGGACAUUGUAGGCUCCCAGAACACCUCAGCUCAUUUAAGUGGUCUGGGUGCAAUGUCCCUUAACCAUACAGUGGUAAUUAUUGCAGUUUCUGAGAAACUAAUGGCAUCGCCAGAAUUCCCAAAGGAAAGCAUUGAAUAAUGCUUUCCUAUGUGGAAAUCCUAAUGCGAGCACGGCCAUUGCACAUUAGGUCUCCCUCGCCAGCUGACGGCAACAGGGGAAGAGCGUGGGUCGAGCCUGACCCAACGCUGGAUUCAGGUAAGUGGCUAAAGGUGUUUUAACCCCUUCAGCGCCGCUGGAGGGGGGCACUGUAGGAACCUAUAGUGGCACUAUAAAAUCCCUUUAAUGCUAUUUAGGAUAAGGGCUUCCCUCAGAAGGAAUAAAAUACAAUGAUUAGCUUACCUGGUGCACCGGUCUUGCCAUUGCUCCCUUGGCUGAAAUAAUUAUCUCAGCCAAUCCAAUGCAUCCUCACAUUGAAGCUUGGGGGGGGGGGACGACUAAUGUACAUUAAGUAAAGACUGCUCCAUGGGGAGCGUUUAGCGUCUCCAUGGUGAACGUUGGUGCUGCAAGCAUUGCAGGAACGCAUCCAGGAAGCCCCUCUGGUGGCUGUCUGUGUGAAUGAUAAUGGUGGCAUUAGUAUGUAAUGUCAGCACUGCCUUUUCUCAGAAACAGAGACAGUGUUUACAUUGCUGCAGGGACAGUCUUUUUGCCCCACGAGUAUUUUUUUUAAUUCUUUAUUUACGUUGACAUAUAUUACAAAUACUUUUCCGGUACAUGUUCUAGCACAAUGCGGUACUUAGUAUACAUUGUAGAUAACAUGGGUUUUGUACAUUUGGUAUAUGUUCAGACAUUGAUUGGUAAUCGAAAGCAUAUACAUAACACUCUCAAGCAAGUACAUCAGGCCCAACUGCAUUGUUUGUGCUAUUAAGUUUCAUAUGUCUGGUAGGCAAUAAUUCGCAUAAAUAACUUAGACCACACAAUAAACACAGACAUCGUUCAUUUUAUUUCAAUGGGCUUGGCCGUGGUGUUUAUUAAAGCUUGAAAAUGUGGCAUACCACCAGUAACUUGAUAACGGUAACAUAUUCAGGUAAACUUUUCACUUCAACUUUUACUUUCACCAUCACUUAGUGCCAGUCAGUCAUAGCUAACUUGACCGCCUUAUAAAUACAACCAUUUAACACAUAUCCUUCCUCAGAACUUGAACCUGAGGGUGACUUUUACCCCAAGCUUCCAACACCACGACAUAACAUAUAAACACAUUUAACAAUUAGUGGGAGGGAGGGUGGGUGUCCGUCGGUGCUUCCCCCAUCCUGUAGAAAAGACAGCUGACAGGGAUUGCCUUGCACUGUCACCUUUUAUACUUACCUGGUUUCCCGCUCUUUUUCUGGCUCACUGACAGCAACCAAUCAUCAGCCAGUUCUUGUCCCCAGCAACAGCUGUCACCUAAUCUGCCCAGCUACUUGUCCCACUCUACCCAACAAGAUGAUCAGGGGUCAUGAACUUACACUGACCUAUUAACCCUCUAUUGCCACCACACAUAUAUGCCACAGUGCUUAGUGCCUGUGGCUUCUUUUUUGUCAACUUUCCCAGAAGCACUAUAUUAACUGUAGUGGUUCUAGUGCUUAGUGUCUCUGUAAUCCACAGUCAGACUGUAGGUAGUCAGCCAAUCAGUAAGUCUCCUCCAUGUCUAUCAGGGGCACUUCUUUGAAGGUUUUGCUUUUUUAUAUGCUUGUAAGGUACUAUUAUUCUGUUUAAUUUAAAGGUACACUGUAGGCACCAGAAUAGCCUCAAAUAAUCAAAUUGGUUAUGGUGGCUGAAACCAUGGAACAUGCUAAUAAUCUGACCCAAGAUAAUUUUGGUUAGCCUGGAAUAAGUGCUUAUUGCAGGUGCUAUAUGACCAUGAGUCAGUGUAGGGUGUGCAUGCGCUGUUUGUACUUGGAGUCGCUCAGUGGUCUAAUUUCUUGGCAAAUGUCUGUUAAAAGAAAUUAGGCCACCGAGUCAGCUUUAAUCCGACUCGUGACACCAUCACACCAGGAGAAUAGCGACUUGGCUUAUCAGGGAGAUACUUCCUUAGAAUCACGUUUGAAUAUAAUCAGAGAAUGCUCACUUAGUAGUACUGUUUUAAAUAAUCGCUUGAAAUCUAUAAUAUGUGAAACACAAAUAUACAUGAAUUGGUUUCACUUCAGCCCUUUCUCUUCCUUUUCAGUCUGAUUCAGAAGAUGAUGAGCCAGUUGUGAAGAAAACAGCCAUUCAGGUAAGUUUCAUGGUAAACAAGGCUAACUUAAAGGGUCACUAUAGUCACAAAACAACUUAAGCUUAAUGAAGCAGUUUUGGUGUAUAGAUCAUGCUCCUGCAAUCUCACUGCUCAAUUCUGUGCUUUUUAGGAGGUAAAUCACUUUGUUUAUGCAGCUUUGUAAGUAUACCCAGCCUCCCUACCGAUGGGAGAGUGGGAGUGGAUCCUUUUCCUGGGGUCCAGUGGAGCUGCUAUGAUCCUGUAAUCUUCAAGCUCUGCUCCUUCAUGCACUCCAGGGCUGGAGCGCAUCACUGUAUGGUGUGCGAGGAGAUUACAGCUCCCUCACUGCACCCGCAUCCAUUGCUCACAGUCGACCACAUUGGAGCGGACCUAGGUAGCCAGCAUACCAGAUCUUGGCCCCCAGGACAGGCAGAACACAGCGAUUCCUGUAGUUCUGCCACGUUACGCGCAUCAGUAGGAAAAGGUGCAAGUAGCGUUGAACAGGCUGACAAACACCCAGGCACUAGGACUAAAGUCCGAGUCUCCAUGGUGACCUGGCUCAGUGUCCCCUUUUUUAUAUUUCAUUUUUUUAUUUGGUUUUCAUUGGUAUGCAAUACAAAGAACAGUAAUUCAAAGUGUUAAAUUGUUACAGAUGAAAAUUGUGCAAUAAAAGUUUUGCAUUUGUAGUACAUGAAUUUCAUCUUAAAUAUAGACAGACCAUUAGCUGAGUUUUAGUUACACAGUAAUAUUUUCCAUAGUUGUGUAUUUUGUCUAUAUUUGUAAUAGCAACUUCAUUUGCAACAGUAAAUUUGACAUCUGGUGUGUAUCUUGCAUCGGGUUAUUCGGUGUAUAUGUGUCACAGUUUCUUGAGGAGUAUCUAGUCAUCACAUGUGUAUAUUUUGUGGAGCGACAUGGUAUCUGUCUCGUUUUUCCCAUGUGAGCCUCUAUGUAUGUGUAAGUGUUUUACUAAUUCUACUCCGUCUGCUACUGGCUUUUGGAGUUGGCUACCUAAGAAAGCCUGCGGAUCUGUGUCUGCUUCAGCCAGCAAGAAAUUGGUUCACUGUCCCCAGGUUUGUGUGUAUUUAGUAUAGUUUUUAGCAGUGGCGUAUAUGAUUUCUUCCAUUUGUCUCACUCCCUCUACCCUUUGAACCCAUUCCCUGACUGAGGGAGAUUCAGUCUGUUUCCAUAUGGCGGUAUGAGCUGGUUUGUUGCUAAAAGAAGGUGGGUGGUUAAGGGUGUAUUUUGUCUGUCGUCGUCAGGGAGGGGUGGCAGAAGGAAUAGCAGGUAAUACGGUGAGGAUGGCAUUUGCACUCCUGAAAUCAUUUGUGUAAGUGUUUAUGCGUCUCCAGUAUUUGGUUAUUGUUGGACACUGCCACCAGAUGUGUGCCGGGUGAGCAUCAGGUUGUUGGCAUCUCCAACAUUCGUCCCUGACCUCAUUAUGUAGUUUGUGUAUUUUUUUUUUUUAGUAUUUUCGCUGGGGUGUAGUGCCAGAGAGUGAUGCGUUUGUAGUUACUUUCUUGUGUGGUGAUAUUCGUAGAUGUCUUAUGUGCCCUGAGAAAUAUCAUUUGCCACUGGUCAUGUGUUAUGUCUAACUGUAGUUAGUUUGACCAUUUCCCCGUGAGCCUCGGGAGAUCAGGUGAUUGUUCGUUUUGUAGGAGCAUGUACAUAGUGGAGAGUGUCUUCCGUUUAAGGGGAUGUGUUAGGCAUAGCUGCUCGAAAGCCGGUUAAAGUGGUUGAGCUGUGUAUAGUAGAGGUGUUUGUGUGCCCAUGGGGGAGCGCAUAUCUUUUGGUUUGUUCCCCCUGAACUACGUCCUGAAGCCUUAAAUAUGGCCUGUCAAGGCUAAGUUGUCAGUGUCCCUUUUUUAUCAUGAAUCCAGCUGUGUUAAGUGCUGCAUUGGAAUCACUUUCAUACAUAGUUUCAAACCAAUGGUAGAUGGUUAUAUGACGCAUCCUAAACAAAAGCUGCAUUAGAACCCCGACAGAUGGUCAUGUGACGCAUACUAAACCAUAGCUGCAUUAGAACCCCGACAGAUGGUCAUAUGAAGCAUACUAAACCAUAACUGCAUUAGAACCCCGACAGAUGGUCAUGUGACACAUAUUAAACAAUAACUGCUUGAGAACCCUGACAGAUGGUCAUGUGAUGCAUAUUUAACAAUGACUGCAUGAAAACCCUGACAGAUGGUCAUGUGACGCAGUCCUAGCGAAUAGCUGCAUGAGAACCCCGACAGAUGGUCAUGUGACGCAGUCCUAGCGAAUAGCUACAUGAGAACCCCGACAGAUGUUCCUGUGACGCAGUCAAAGCGAAUAGCUACAUGAGAACAGAUAAUUUGAUACAUUGAGUGUUUAGUGACUUGUCUAUCACAGGGAGCACUCAGCAAGUCCUAGGACUUUGUUUAUGGCAGUAAAGUGUCAUUGUGGAGGUUCUCCUGCUUUGUGAAGUGUUCCUCAGGCAGGAGACAAGGACUGGAGGCAGAUGUUACAUUAUGGUGACACUCACUAACUGCAGAUAUAGUGGCGCUGGACUGAAGGUAAGUAAGAUAUUUACGGUAUUUUGGAGGAGUCAAAAACAUUCGGCAGUGUUUUUUUUGUUUUUAACUCCUUCCUUGCUGUCUUAUCACUGUACUGUACAGUAUGUGUGAUCAGCAGGCUCUCUGAUCAAGCUGGCUUUGGAUCGGGUGUUUGUUUUUGUGUGGGUGGAAGUGGGAAUUGGUGGUUAGGUAUGGUAGUGGGUAUUAAAAUAUUUGCAGGUAGGCAAAUUAAAUUAAUAGAAAAUAUGAGCUAUAGGGAGCAUCCUCAACUUCAAGGUGCUAUAUAGUGGGGGAAAAAGAAGACCAAAAAAGGAAUAUGGUGCAGUAUGUCAGAACUUCAGUUUAAAGAAACAUGAGAUACAGUGAAAAGAGCUAUCGCUUGGCUCCCAAUGUAGCGCCUCUGCGGUACAAUCCCCGUCUGUGGUUAUUGGUCUGCAAUCUUGAUCCAACAAAGUGUGAUAUAGUUCUGCAAUAUAAACAGAAAAAUGCCAAAAUGGUAUAGUAUGUCAGGAGACCAAAAGAAAUGACAUUUUGUAUAAGGGUGCGCUCACAUUUGUUGGAGCCUUCGAUGGCUCCUUGUACAAAGCCUGGAGUGAUAUGAUCCCCACUCUUGCAUAUUUGUACAGAAUACUUUUUUUGGGUAUGGUUAGGUAAGUUCCUCGCCAUGAGUAUAAAAGCAAAAAUUAAAUUAUAGUGUACACUUUAAAAAAAUACUGUUUCUUAUAUAAAUAUUUGAUGUGAAAUGAAAACCCUGUUUCUCCUCAACAGAAUGAUAUAUAAUAAGUGUGGGUGUAUAUGAAAUAGGUAUAUUAUGGUUGGUUGUUUUGGUCAGAACUUGUACAAUGCCUUCAUCCUUAAGGGGUUAAGCUGUAACUAAUUUCUGAUAUCACUUUUGAAAUGUCUCUCAUUUUUCACUCAGGCACCAAGGGAAGGGUUUGGCUUGUCUGCUUUACUUCCUCAGCCCAAAAAUCCAUCUGGUGGCGAUUCAAAGAGGCCUACCCUCCCUUAUAACUUUACCAAGAAAUCUUCAGACUCUCUGAACGAUGCAAAGCUUCCCAAAACUGCUCCUCCUACAAAGUCCAAUCUAACACCAAAACCCGAAGUUUCUCACACCCCAUCUCCGUCUGCCAUUAAAGCUGCGGCCAAGAAUGCUGCCCUACAAGUCACCAAGCAUAUCACGCAGGAAGAGGACGAGGAGAGUGACGAUGAAGUUCAACAAGGCAACUUCUUCUCCCUUUCGGACUCUAAUGAGACUCCUUCUAUGAACACUGAAAGCUUCUCAUACCAAGUCGCUGAUCUCAGUAACGACAGACCCCCAGGAACUGAGCCCGACGAGUAUCAAAGUGAUGCAGCUAAUGCUCCUUUAGAUUUCAAAACGAGUGCUUCUGUGGGCUCCAACCAGCCGUGGUCAUCUACAGUUACUGAAGAAUACAGCGGCCAGUACAACCAGUACCCAGAGUACAGUAAUCCUGGAGCUACUUUCUAUCCAGUAAGUUCUGUCUUAUCACUUCAGAUUCAGAUAAGUUGUUCUGGUUUACUCGCCAUUUAGCAGAAAUCCGUCCACGACAGCCCAGCCCCCCCAUUGUUGAAAAAUGGAGAUGCUUUCCAUUUACCAGCCGAAGCAGGAAGUGAAAGGCUGACAGUGUCCACUAAACGCUCUGACACUCAUUGCCCCAAUACCUGGGAUGAAGUGCAGUGGCAGCCCUGUCUGCCAUAUUGUAAUUGGGGAGUAAGGAUCUCUACUAAAUCAUAAACUGUUUAACAGUGAUGCAAAUCCUUGUGCCUACUGUCUCAAAGCACCAUAACCACUUCAAUCAGUUACAUUGGUUUUAAAGGUACACUCUGAGAACCAUAAACACUACAUAACAUUUUAGUGUUUGUGGUGCUAGGACUACCCUGCGGCCAUUCAACUGUUAGAACAUUUCUGAACAGUGGUCUACGUCUGUCAGUUCCUUCUUCUGCAAUAGUGAUAUCAAUUCUGUCUGUCUUUGGCCAGAAAUUUAAUCCUCGAUAGUCUUGACUGGAAUAUUUAAUACGAAAGGGCAAUUUCCUCUUCGGGUUAACUGUAAAGAGAGAGAGAUGGUAGGUGACUGUGAAACCCACCCCGGUAUGUGUCAAACUGUUUGAAAACUGCGGAACAUUGCCUUGAGUCACCUGACAAUAUAACUACUAUAACUGGGUGCAGUGAUUAUGGUGCUUACAGAUGUGAGGCCUUCACCGUUACAAUACAUCUUAACAUCCUUAGAUAUGAUCUACAUGAAUGUUUACCCCUGUUAAUUUAUUCCACCCAUUAGGGAGGGCCUGUAGGGGAGAUGAUCUGAGGACUGAUUAGGCAUCAUCAAUGAGGCGUGAGGAAAAUAAAUCCCUACAUAAAAAAAGACAACUCCCCAAACUAGACUGUCUUCCUAUAGUUUCAUGUGCAAGAGUUUUGUUCGCUAUAAAAUAUGGAUAAGGUGGGCUUUAGGUAGGUGUGCAGAUUUUGUUUAUGCCUUGUGCAAAGGUGUAGGUUACAUGUAUAAGCUGUGUACAGCGGAAGCGAUCAGACAAACACAACGCAAGUAAAAGCAGCAUAGACACACUCCACUGCCCAAUUACAAAAUAUUAAAUAUCGCUGUUUAGUAGAUAUAACCCAAAUUAAAACCACUGCCCAAUUACAAAAUAUUAAAUCUCGCUGUUUAGUAGAUAUAACCCAAAUUAAAACCACUGCCCAAUUACAAAAUAUUAAAUCUCGCUGUUUAGUAGAUAUAACCCAAAUUAAAACCACUGCCCAAUUACAAAAUAUUAAAUAUCGCUGUUUAGUAGAUAUAACCCAAAUGAAAACCACCGCCCAAUUACAAAAUAUUAAAUAUCGCUGUUUAGUAGAUAUAACCCAAAUUAAAACCACUGCCCAAUUACAAAAUAUUAAAUAUCGCUGUUUAGUAGAUAUAACCCAAAUUAAAACCACCGCCCAAUUACAAAAUAUUAAAUAUCGCUGUUUAGUAGAUAUAACCCGAAUGAAAACCACUGCCCAAUUACAAAAUAUUAAAUCUCGCUGUUUAGUAGAUAUAACCCGAAUGAAAACCACUGCCCAAUUACAAAAUAUUAAAUCUCGCUGUUUAGUAGAUAUAACCCAAAUGAAAACCACUGCCCAAUUACAAAAUAUUAAAUGUCGCUGUUUAGUAGAUAUAACCCAAAUGAAAACCACUGCCCAAUUACAAAAUAUUAAAUGUCGCUGUUUAGUAGAUAUAACCCAAAUGAAAACCACCGCCCAAUUACAAAAUAUUAAAUCUCGCUGUUUAGUAGAUAUAACCCGAAUGAAAACCACCGCCCAAUUACAAAAUAUUAAAUCUCGCUGUUUAGUAGAUAUAACCCAAAUGAAAACCACUGCCCAAUUACAAAAUAUUAAAUCUCGCUGUUUAGUAGAUAUAACCCAAAUGAAAACCACUGCCCAAUUACAAAAUAUUAAAUCUCGCUGUUUAGUAGAUAUAACCCAAAUGAAAACCACCGCCCAAUUACAAAAUAUUAAAUCUCGCUGUUUAGUAGAUAUAACCCAAAUGAAAACCACCGCCCAAUUACAAAAUAUUAAAUCUCGCUGUUUAGUAGAUAUAACCCAAAUGAAAACCACCGCCCAAUUACAAAAUAUUAAAUCUCGCUGUUUAGUAGAUAUAACCCAAAUGAAAACCACUGCCCAAUUACAAAAUAUUAAAUCUCGCUGUUUAGUAGAUAUAACCCGAAUGAAAACCACUGCCCAAUUACAAAAUAUUAAAUCUCGCUGUUUAGUAGAUAUAACCCGAAUGAAAACCACCGCCCAAUUACAAAAUAUUAAAUCUCGCUGUUUAGUAGAUAUAACCCAAAUGAAAACCACUGCCCAAUUACAAAAUAUUAAAUGUCGCUGUUUAGUAGAUAUAACCCAGAUGAAAACAUGCAUGACUUUAAUUAUGCAUCUUUCCAUUGGGAUGCAUCUAAAAUAGCCUGUCAAACUGUUUGGUUUUUUUUUGUGUGUGAAAUAUAAUAAAAAAUAAUUUGAUUUUGAUUAUUUCUUUUGCAGCAGGAUUACUAUAACACCGGUUACUACCAGGAGUCUGAAACGUCGCCAUCGGCACCUCGAGAACCAGCUACUAGUGACUCGUUUAUGGAUGAUGAAGCAGUAAGGAUUUUUUUUUUUAAAACCCCUUUUGUUCCACAAGGUGACAGCAUAGGUGUUCCUGUAGGGGGAAGUAGCAACAUGCAGUUGUAGAUCUGAAUGGCUAAUAUAGUUCCAGUAUUAAGACUGCUGGACCUGCAGUGAGUCUCUGGAGACCUACUGGGUUCAGCAUUAAGAACAUGUUGCUCUACAGACCUCUGCUAUGUCUUUGUGUAAUUUAUCAAAUGAAAUUGUAUCCACAUGUUCUAGUUUCAUAACUCUGCACCUGAAAUAUAGCUGACAAUAUGUUCUAUGCUAUGUCUUUCCCAAGUAACUCUUUAAUGCCUUUUUCUCCAAGUUUAAACGCUUGCAAGGCAAGAGAAACCGAGGAAGGGAAGAAAUUAAUUUUGUGGAAAUUAAAGGGGAUGAUCAACUAAGCGGCAACCAGCAGUGGCUAACAAAGUCCUUGACUGAGGAGAAGAAUAUGAAGUCUUUCAGCAAGGUAAGGCAGAUACACAAUAUUCUCUCUCUAACGUCCACGUGAUUCACUGCUCCUGUGAGAUUGAGGCCCAUGGCUUCCUCUAGUCAGAGUGGAUUUAUAUUCUGCCUUAAGUCUGGUCUUCAUUGAUAACUCACCUUGUAGUGUGAUUAGAUGAGGGUGUGAGGGGCACCAUGUUAUACCGUAUAUACUCUAGUAUAGGUUGACCCGAAUAUAAGUCGAGACCCCUAAUUUUACCCCAAAAAACUGGGACAACUUAUGGAUUCGAGUAUAAGACUAGGGUGGGAAAUGCAGCAGCUACUGGUAAAAUUCUAAAUAAAAUUAGAUCCCCAAAAAAUUAUAUUAAUUGAAUAUUUAUAGUGUGUGCAUGAGUGCAGUGUGUGUGUGUAUGUAAUGCAUACUCACGAGAUUUACAGGGGAGCUGACCGGAACGCAGGAGAAGGGAGCUGACAGGAGCUGCAGGAACGGUAAGUUACAGCUUGCUGCUAGCCCCCAACAGGACCGCCGGGCUUGUAAUGAGCCCAGCGGUCCUGGUCUGUAUAAUGUAAGUUGCCAUAAUACAGGCAUUGACUCGAGUAUAAGUCGAGUGGGGGUUUUUCAGCACAAAAAAUGUGCCGAAAAACUCGACUUAUACUAGAGUAUAUACGGUAUUUUAUUUAUAUUUUUGUGAUUAAAGAAUGUGUAAGUUUAUAAAACAUUUUUGCCUGUUUGUGUAUAUAAAAUAUUUACCCUGGUACGUGCCUACCUGUAGAGUAAUGACUCGUUACAAUAUAUUAAUUAUUAGUUCAUAUUAUUAAUACAUUCUUUAUUUUCAAAUUUUUUGCGUCAAAGGUAGGGUUACAGAAUGAAGAAAAGGGAAGGGGUACAGAUCAGUGAAGGCAUAGUAAUGAAGUUCUGUGUCAUGGGCUUUUUUUCUGACAGUAUUUUAAUGAGCCUAUUUUGAUACAAUUUCUUCACUAAGAAAGGUCUGUUUUCGUGUGGAGUCCAGAAUAUAUUAAGUACAGCUUCAUACAUAUUGGUUGAAUUGAUGGUCAUUGUGCAGUGUGAAUCAAUGGUAGUACUGUAAGAGCCUGAGGUGGUGGUAUGGUUGUGGGGUAGUGGGUUUCAGUUGAGGGAUAGUAGUGGAAGUAGGGGGGUAGGAUGCUAUGCGAUGUGUAUCCAAUCUCUGCCAUGUUGUGGAUGGGUAGAUUGUCCUUGGUAUUCUCGGGUAGAAUUAUACCCGCAUAUAUAUUGGGAGGUGUACUGUGUAUUUCCACCAUUUUGUGCUUAUUAUUUGUGGUGUAUGGUUUCUUUGUCCCUUUGUCCCUUAGUCUGCUUGGGGUGGCGGUCUCUUGAUUAUGGUUUGUACGUUUGGUGGGUAUAGUGGACAAGUGUUCUGUUUAAGAAUGGGAUAGGUCUGGUGGGUGCCGGGUACAGAAGGGUGUGGGGGAGGGAGGGGAAAUGGGAGAGGAGAUGUGGAAGAGAGAAUGAUGAAGGGUUGCAGGUGGGGAGAGGAGUGGUGAGGUGAGGUUGUGUAGCUGGGGUGGGUAGCAGUGGGGGGGUUUCUUUAUGGGGUGACCGCACGCGUCAGGUCUGUCUGCUCAACCCCAUUUGUUUUAAUCUCAGGCGUGUUGGGUCCCAUUGGAGCAUCGUCUUGUAUGCCUGCUCCAUGUGAUUUAACAUAUAUUGUGAGUGAAACGGUCCCCCGUCGAGCAAUGCAGGUUGUAACGGAAAGCCUGGCACCCCGACUAGGUACCUUCCGCUAACAGAUGCUUCAAGCACUCCACUCGACACCAUAACCACUGCAGACUCCACGAACUGCCGCAGCUUGGUUGGGGUCUCGCCGUACUCCACCCACUCUAGAUCCAAGACCAGGGUUCAGCUUCCAGUGGGUGAACCGCUCCUAGAAUCCAGAGAGCAGGAACCAGGAACAAGCUUAAACUCAGGUGUAGCAGAACCCCUUUGGCUGUCCCAUACAUUCCCUGUUUAAUAUUAUUGUUGGAACCUAAUAGUUUUCCUGUGCCUGGAAUAUACAGAUUUGCAUACAACCUUAUGUGGCCAUGCUAGGAUUCAUCAAGGGGUUCGGUGGAAAGAUAUACAAGUCUGCAUGUGAACCGCUGUAUUCACCAUACGAACUAAAGUGCCGAACAACCCGACCACCCUGGUGUGGAGUGUGGCUGUAAUUUACCUCCCUGUAUGCUCGUUACAUUCCCCUGGUUUAAACACACGAACGCUCUGCGGUAUUCCCUGGGUGGCCGCCAUUUCAGCAGCUUAACACGUGGCGUCGGCCAUCUUAAACUCCCGAACAGCGGUGUUUGGUCGUCGAGUGUCUGCAACUCAAAUCGGACACUCGACUAACCGAACACCGCUAAGACCUCCAGGACUUCAGAAAGUACCGAGCAAAAAACACGAACGGCUGUUAUUCGGUAGGAUGAAUCCCACAAACUAGUAGGGAUUAAUCCGAACGCGAACUCAACUAUAGAUGGCAUAGACUUUCGGGACUUUUUAUGCACGAACGGAGACCGACCACAGGGCCAAAACUCACGGAACUAUUUUCGGCUACUUUGCUUGUGCGGUCGGUCAAAUCUCUGCGUCCUCAUAACUCUCGAACCCCUGGUCUGAUCUGGGUGAUUUUUGGAUAGGUUUCCCACCCAGAUCAGGGCUACCAGUGGGUACCACAUAUAGUGUACCUACCAUAUUUGGGGUACAUCCAAGAAUUGGGGAAAAGUAUGCACGUUAUAAUUGUUAACUGUUAAGCUAAGGGGAGGAGAUGUGUGGGAGGUAACGUCUAUGUGAUUGGUUACUGUAAUGAUUAUGGUGGGUGCCUCCCUUGCAUGGGAGAAUCCCAUAAAAGCAGGAAUUGUCAUUAAACUUCAGUUCUACUCCUGAUCCUGUGUGUCGUCCAGUGAUUGGGAAAAGUGAUGGGAUAUUAUUGGAUUGCCUUGCUGAUUGUGCUUGUUACCCUAUUGGAUUUAAUACUUGUUCCUGAAUUAUUCUAAUAUACCUGUGGAGUUAAGCUGUGGGAAAUCAGCUCUCCGCUACAUUAGGGGAGUAUUGUGAAAUAGCAAUCCCCAGAGUGUCGUUAUCCCAUCCCCCAAACAUGAGCCAAGACUUCAUGUAGGGGUAAAGCAGGUCUGUUUAAUACACACAAAAGGACUUUCUUUAAUACAAGUUUUCAGGCCAGAGGCACACCCCCUGGACCUUGUGGUAAACUGUGACAAAAGGGACACAAACCAAUGGGAACACUAACAAAAUAACACCCCCAAAUACACAGUAAAAUCCCUCCCCUCUAUCCUGGAGAUAAUGGGCUUAACCCAUUAAGGACCAAACUUCUGGAAUAAAAGGGAAUCAUGACAUAUCACACAUGUCGUGUCAUUAAGGGGUUACGGAACUGCAGUAAACUCUAUUAUCUCCAGGUACAGAAAAUAUCUUCAUUUUACACUAACAGUAAAAUACAUAAAAAUACAUAAUUCCUAUUAUAUUACACAGAACCCCCACCCAAUAUAGGUGAACAGCGCUCAGAUCCCACGAACAGAGUAAAUUUGCCAUGGGGUUAAAGUUUUGCAAGGACUGAUGAGAGAUUGAGGAGGGACAAAGCAGACAGUUUGAACUGGUCUGGCAGUGUCCCUGGGACAACGCCCUGCUGGAGAACAAUGGGAUAGGUAUUAAAGGAGGAGGGGAAGAGGCACAUUCUCCCAUGGAAUCAAAGGGGCAGAAAGUCUUUUAAAAGCCAGUAAGCCCAAAUAGUCUUUUUAAAUUGCAAUACACCCCAGGGGCCAUAGUCACAGGGCAAGAGGCUGGCAAGCAGGCCUCUCCAAAAGUCUGUGGCAAAGGGUACUUUGUGUAACAGGUGUCUAAGGUAUUCUUCAAAUCGAUAAUAGUCCCUUAGUAAUGAGUCAUCUGUAUAGGGUUUAUCUCCCCGUCCCUGUGUUACCAAGUACAUACAUUAUAUAGAACAGUUUGACCUUGGUGUCAAAUUCAUUCUGAAUGAGGGUGGAUGCCCGUGCUCACCUUAUAUAAUCACAUAAAAUACCAUUAAAUGACAUUUGAUAACUGGAGAUGUAAAAAAAAAAAGCACCUUUCGUCUGUAAUGGGUCUGUAACUUUAUCGGGGAUCGAUUAUUGCCAUCAGGGGACCUGGGGUGUUCUGGAUUCGGGAUGUCUCCUCUUAUUAUGGAUGGUAGUUAUGGAGUGGGAUGGGCCCGGCCCCCACGUUGACCCUUCAACCCUCUGCCCGAUAAAUUGGAGGGUUGAAGGGUCCGGUUGACCAGGCUAUGAAUGUGGCAGUCUGAAUGGGAGGAUGGUGAUGAGCUUCCCCCCGAAGGGUUCCUUCAGUGGGAUUAAUCGGGUCUCCGAGGGUAAAUGUGAAAGGGGAGCAGGGGGCCCACAAGCUAGCAUAUUGUGAGGAUAGUUAGGGGUGUAGGGUCGGAGCAGUAUUGUUACCCACGGUAGGUGUAAAGUCCAUGGGAGUUCAGAUCGGCCCGUAGGCCAGGUUACCAGUUCCGUAGUUUUCUCAAUUUUGUAGAUGGAAAGUGACGUUAGUGUGUCUGGAAGGGUACAACGGCUCUUCGGGAAGGAUGAUCAGUUAGGCAUCAUGAUGUCUCGGUGUUGCUCCCUCAAGCACUGGGGAUAGUUUCUUCUUCUUGAGGGGGCGAGGGGAUCUCUGUCUUUCCGUUGGUCGUGCCUCUACCAGGUAACUGUAGAGGGUCGUGGGGUCCUGCAGCUCGAUGCCCAGGGAUUCUGCAAACUGUGCAGUUUCUGAUACAGAGGACAGGAUAUGUGUUUCACCAUUUUUUAUUUUUUAUUUUUUUUUUUACUAGCAACUUGAAUGGAUGGCCCCAUGUAUAUUUAAGCCCAUGUUGUUGGAGGGCCAGUGUUAGGGGGUUUGAGAUCUCUUUUCUUUUUAAGCAUCAUAGGAGCAAGGUCUUGAAAGAAUGUUAAGCGGGAGUCUUGGUGGGUGGUCUCUGGCGAGAUUCAGCUAUUUCUCUUUUGCUUGGAAGUAAUGAAGUCGAGUUAGGACAUCUCUCGGGGGUUGCGAUGUUGAGGCUUGGUGGGCAUAACGCCCCGUGGGCUCUGUCCAUUUUCAGGUCUUGUGCCGGUAGUUCUGGGGCAAUGGUUUUGAAGAUGUCUCUGAGAGUGGGUAUUAGAAAUACUGGCGUGACGGUUCCUAAGAAGCCAUGGAUACAGAUGUUGUUCCGUGACCGUCUGGACCUAUUAUUUAGAUCCUCAAGGCAUUCCUCACUCAUAGAUGUGUCGGAUCACCCUGUCCAUGGACUGAAAACCCCUCAUUUAAUUCCCCUAUGAGUUUGGGACAUUGCCUUCCAUUUCGUUCCUAAUUAUUUAUUUAUAUGUUCUCUCUGUAAUGGCACAAUAUGCGCUAAAACCAGCUUGAGAUCUGAGCGGGGACCCACCGAAAGGUAGGCUAUUUCAGCUGCUGCCCGUUCUCAGUAUACUCUUGCGCCUCGUGUUUUUUUGUUUGUUUUUGCUCUAAACUAAUUUUAUUCCCCCUACUGAACGACCAGAUCACCAGUGUGUCUGGUAACACCUCGAAAACCACAGGCAUUCUAAGCAGUCGGCUGGGUAGUCGGUGUUCGGUAUAUGACGGAGGACAUAUUUAGCCGCGAAUACAUACAGCCGUGUUUGGUCGUCGGGUGCAUAGAACUAUAAUCUGACACUCGACGGCACAAGCACCGCUAGGACUUCAAUGCCUUCCUAUGUUCGUCUGGAUUCGUAUAAAAAGAGCGGCGUUCGGUAGGAAUAAGCUCCCGGACCAAAUACAUAGACUGUUUCCCUAUGAACUCUUACGUUCAGUAUUUUGACUAUUUCAUGUAUUCCCGAUUUCAUGGAACUCUUUUGUGCAGGAGCCUCGUCGGUCAAAAUGUGACUUCCAUGGAAAUCCUGAACCCCUGAACCGAUCUGGGUGAUCUUUGGAUAUGUUGGUCCCCCAGAUUGGGGCUAUCAGGGGAUAUAACUUUAGUGGGGUUUCCAUGCAUUUUGGGGGUACUUUCAGGGUACUGUGUAAAAGUAUAUAUUUUUUUCUGUGCUUGGAGAUAAUUGGAUUAUGUGAAUACAGUGCCUGAUUCAAUUAUCUCCCAAGCGCAGAGGAGAGUGUAUGGGAGUGUCCUGGACCUGAGAACCAAUGCCAUUUUAUGAUUGUCUUUCUUGUAGUCUACUCUCAGGUCCAGAGGGGAGGACAACUUGCAUGGGCAUUGACAUAAAAGGCUGUGUGUGGCUCUGUUAUCUCACAGCAUAGAGCCUCGGCUCAUGUUUGUGGGAGAAAGCUGCAACCGAGUGCUUAAUCAUUAACUCUUCUGCUUGGAGUGCUUAAUCAUUAACUCUUUUAAGAGCUGUUUCUGCUCUGCUCUACAGCAUCCCUCCCACUAGGGGGAAAAGAACAUCCCUCGCGGUGAAACUCCUCUUUUCAUCGGGGAGGCCGCCACAAUAGACAUUCGCCCAUGCGGGUAAGUGAUGUCCUGGGCCUGUGCUGUGGAGUUUGUGGUAAGUUUGGUAAUCCAGACCUCCACCUGUUUACAGCACUGCCAGAUAUGACACUCGCGCAUGCUCUGAGGAAUAGCGUUUACUUACCUCUACUGCUUUAUUCUGGGCGCAGAACAUGGAGAGACUGAGACUGUUCUUCACUAAAAAAUAACCUGUAGUCAUUAGUUGUGUGUAUUGACAAUUUUCAUUUAUAUUUUAAUUUAAAUGCUUUUUUCCUUUUUACUCUAGAAAAAAGGGGAGCAGCCAACUGGGCAGCAGCGGAGGAAACACCAGAUAACCUAUCUAAUACACCAGGUUGGUGGUUUUGUUCUUUCUGUAACAUGGAAUUGCAGGCCACGAUUCCAAUUCUCAGGACAGCACGUUAGUGGUUACUCACUUAGCUGUGAGUUUGUUAUUGAAUUGGGGGAGGAGGUACAUGGUCUUUCUUGGCAAACUUUCUUCACCAAUAAUUUCUCUUUGUUUUGACCUUUAAUCAUCCCUGAAAAAUAUCCCUCAAGAUCUGGUGAGGAGAGUAGAUUAAAGCGUAAUUGUGAUACCUAACAUGAACAAAAACAUUACAUUUAGUCUGUCAGCAGAAUUGAUGGAAAUGCUAUAGGUUGUAUAAAUAUUGCCCUCUCACCUGUCCGUACCUGGCAUACGUGGUAGUGCUGGACUGAUGAAGAAUGGGGGAACUCUACAUGCAGUUCUUAGCUUAGUGUGUUUGUUGAGAAUUAAGAGAUGAAGAGCAGGAGAACCCACCUCCUGGCCAAUCUACUGCACUUAUUGAUGCCUGUCAAUGCACUGUGUACCUGCACAAAAUAAGCUUCUCACACUUUGUCAGAGUUUUAUAAACAUGGAGUAACGGGCUGGGGUCCACACGUCGGUGACUGACGGGCCUCAUUAACAUGCUGUAUUGUUUACAUGCUCAAACCUUUCUUUUGAUAUAAAAUAAAUUUUUGAAAAAUAUUGCAUCAUAAGCCGGCCUUUAUAGCCACGCCCCCUCACUCCAGAAGAAAGACCUCCUUCUCAAACUCAGCCACUGACAGCACUGAAUGAUCUGAACAGAACUUACCUGCAUUAGAAGAGGACGACAACCAGAGAGGCAUCUCAGACUGUCUGCAGACAGGUUUUGAAUUAAAAGCCACUCACUCAGUGCUGUUGGGACCGAGACUGUGAGCAUACAUUGAUAAAGAAGUCUUUCUGGCAUGAGUCGUGUGGUUAAGCAGUUGGGCUUAUGGUGUAGCAUUCUGUAAAACUUUUAAAAAAUUUUUAUUUAUUUAUUUUGCAAAAACUAUAAAGUUUUGAGCAUGACAAAAAUACAACAUAUUCAUUAGGCCAAAAUCUAUCAAAUGCAUUAAAGUUGUAUUGGUGCCUGGAGUAUUCCUUUAAGGAACUGUACACCAGAAAAUGAGCAUUACUCUGUGUGCCCAGUCCCUGCUUUUUUAAAAGUGCAGUCCGCAUAGAGCCCACUUCAAGAUCCCAUGACAGAGAGAAAUAUAGUGCCAGAGGCAGUCCGUAUGGAGCCCACCUUGAGAUCCCAUGACAGAGAGGAAUAUAGUGCCAGAGGCAUUCUGUGUAGAGUCCAGUUCGAGAUCCCAUGACAGAGAGGAAUAAAGUGCCAGUUGAGCUGCUGAAGAUUUCUUACAUGGGACGUUGGCUUAUGAUUCAUUACUUUCUGUAUCCUUUUCACAGGCUAAAGAGCGAGAACUUGAACUUAAGAACACUUGGUCAGAUAACAAGCUGAGCCGGCGGCAGACACAAGCCAAAUAUGGCUUCUAACAGCUCUUUGUAUUCUUAUGGAGCCUUUUUGGAAUGUGAGUCAGCCAUGGUGGCUAUAACAUUUGGAUUCUAAUAUGAAGUGCCCACAGGAAUAGCGGCUUUUAGACUAAGCCUCUAUGAAGAGUAUCGGUGGCAGCGGCUGCUUGGAAAACUAUGAGCUGCAUAAAUUGUGACACAUUUUAACGCUGCCGGUCUGUUAAUGCGAGUUUUUCUUUUGACGAUGACUGACAAGAAAAGUUUUCUGUUAAAUGUCGCCAGCUCUGGUCUGUGGCUCUCUUCCGGUAGCAAUGUGAAACUGACUAACGGGGUACCGAUAUAAAGACAUUCUCCUAUUUCCCUUCCAUACAGCUCAUUCUCGCCACACAUGUGAACUCCUGGAGACCAUGCUCUCUCUGCUUCUCGAAAUAUUCACAGCCCACUUAGUAAUAACCCGCUGCGUGCCCAAUGGUCACUUUCUUUUCUGCUAUUGAACUGAAACAACUCUCUCAACCUACUUUGCAUCCCAAAGGUUGACCGGUGCGAGCGGAAUUUAAACAUGUCCUGUAUUUUGUGGUGUGAAAUCUUGUAAAUAACUUAAAACUGUGUAUGUAUAUACAUAUAUAUAUAUAUUUUUUGAGUUGGAUUUUUUUGCUCCCACUUCCCCGUAGCUUUUAAUACAGUGAUUUUUGAAACUCUGAUAUAUCUCCUGUGUAACCGUAAAUCUCCAGUUCAUAAUGCAAGUACUGAAGAGGGCUAAGCAGCCUGCAGUACCUGAGCUAAUAUUUUCCUUAUCGUUGAAACAAAAUGGCCUGUAAUAAAACACUUUUGUGAUUCUAUCAUUUGUAAUGCAUACCUUUUUCAGUAAGUCGUCAUUGGUCAUAAAUACUGCUUCUUUAACCAAAAGCCAUGCACGGUGUGAGCGGAGUCUGUUUCAGAGUUCAUUUUCUGUUCUUGCAUGAUGUCAGGAUUUGGGAUCACCCCUAGCUCUGUUAUUUAGUGUGUGGUCUGAUAAUUACAGCAGCCUACUGUGGUUGUUAUGGUUCCAGGAGUGCCUUUGCAUCCUCCCAGUGUGAUUGGUUGAGCCGUUUAAUAACUCGGUAAAAAAAGGAGGAAACAGACUGUUGCAGGCACAAGUUAACAAAAUGAUCUUAAUGAUUUAACUAGAAUACUUAAAAAUUUGGCCAAAGUAAUAAAGAUUGUCAACCACAAGACAAAGAGGUUUCAGCCCUUCGUACAAUACCCACACAAAAAUAAAUGUGGGUAACAUAAAACAUAAGUUAAUAUCAAAGUUAUGAACCGGUUUCUAUUCAGUGCCACUCCUAUACAAGUAAUGAUAAUUUUGCACCACCAGAGGUCACCCCUGCCCUCAUCAAUACGAGCUAAUAGAGUGAAAUAAACAUACAAGCUGAAGAAAAGUGUGGUUCCCCUGAGUCAACAAUAGGACACACACACCUGCAUUCAAAUCUCCAGAAUGCUAGUAAAUGCUAUAAACCUAAUAUGUGCCUAAUUACUUGCCAGCCACUAGGAUCAAUAGAGCAAAGUUCAGAUUCCAAAGGUGAUUUUUAAAUAAGGCAUAAGGUGCAGCACUCCCAAUGAUCCAACUGGCUGGCAAGUCAUUAUGGUAAAAUAUAUAUUGGAUCUCUCUUUAUCUGCAGGAAUCUUGCUGGCAUUAUAGAGAUGAGUGCAGGUGACUCAGAGGAACCACACGUUAGCUAUUAUUGUCAGUAUGUUUAUUUGAAUCUAUUCGCUCGUAUUGAUGAGGAUAGGGGAGAUCUAUGGUGGUGCAAAAUCAUUGACACUUGUAUAGGAAUUGAAACAUUUGUUUUAUAACUUUGCACAAUCACAAUUAUAUGAGAUUUAUUCUCUGCCUGGAACAUUGGUGUAUCAAGCACUAUAUUUGAAAUUAAGAUUUGGUCUAUAUGGGCAUUUUUAUAAGAAAUAGAAGCGUUCUGUUUUAUGUCCUCAUUUUUCUUUGAGUAAUAGUUUGACUACUUGCACUGGGGAUGGUGUGUCGACACUUUACAGGCUUUGGUAGUUGUGCUGCAUGGCGUUUUCUCCCCCAAGGAGCAGGCAGGAGUUUCACCAAAUAGAGCUAUUGAUGUAUGUGUAUGCAUUACAAAAUUCAUGUAAUAUUUUAUUUUAAAUUAAAAUUGUCAGUUUUCAUUUUAAGGAACAAUAUCCUCAAAUUAAUUUUUAGGAAAGUUGUUUACGGUUUUGUAUUCUGCAUUGUUUUUUAUAUGUGCGUUGAAACACCUACUGUUUGAGGUGACCUGCUCCUUUUUAGUCCUAUCGGUGCCUCCAUUACAUGUCAUCAGGUAUCAAACACCUCUUACAGUGCAAGUCUGACAACAGAAAAUGUGUGUUUUGUAAUACUGACAAAAACUAGCAGGGGAAUAUUUUGCCUAAAUUGGAAUUAUUACACCAUGUCAGUUCAUGUAAUCUCCGCAGCCAAUCAGUGUGGGAUAUGCAGAGAAACUCCCAGCAUUGCACUGCACAAGGAAUCGUUGGUAGAACAUGAUGCUGUGACCACAAAAUCCCCUAAGGCAGCUGGAAGUGUUCUUUUUAAUUAUAAAGCAAUGCUGAGUAGAUAUAAAAAUUACACAUGGUGUAAACAGUUUUAAAAUGCUGUAUGAUUGUGCUUAGACUGUGUCUGCUGACAGAGCCACUUUAUGUUUGGACACACAUUAAAGGGACACUUUAGGCAAUGUAACUGCUUAAUCUCAUUGAAGUGGUUAUAGUGUCUUGAGAUCCUUGGCGAUGUCCUACCAUAUAGAGUUAAACCGUUUUUAGCGGUUUAAUUAGUCCCCAGCAGUCCAUCCUCUCUGUGCUAAUGAGGAGAUAUUGGACUGAGCAUCAAUGGUUGGCUGAGAGUGUCAGCUGACUGCAUUGAGCCUAUCACAGUGCCCAUUGCUGGUAUGGAUUGGUAUGGCUAGAUGAAGUGUGUAAUCUCUGCCUUAGCCACACCUCCAAUGCGGGCGGAGCUAUGGAAAGCCAUGGAACCUCAUUCAGUGUUAAACUGCUUGAAAAUGGUUUAACACUGAAUGAAGGGACUGUGCCAGGGGACUCCAAGUACUAUAACCACUUAAUUGAGAUGGAAUGUCUCUGUAAGCUAAACUCUGCUCCCUUCCUAAAUGGUUUAUUUGGACAGAUAACUGAAUUGUCAUUUCCAUAUACCAAUGUAUUGUAAGUUACUGUAUUAAAGGCUCUUUAGACCCAGUAAAAGUACUCACUGAAAUGUUUGAUUAUUUGGCAUCCUCUUUACAUAAACCUUGAAUUUAGUGACAGAAGAAAACAUAAUGAAAACUUAAUGAAGC